GUCCUGGCCACGGCGCUCGGCUAUUUCCGGUGCCACUCGGCAAACUUCGGCUUUCCUCGGCCAUGGCUCCGGCUCGUUUCCGACUGGUAGCUUGUCUUCUAUGGUAACGGGACGGAGAGAGCGGUGGGGCGGACGGACUGAACCUGGGACAUGUCAGCUCUCUGUAGCCGCAGAGGUAAUAAAGUCCCGAUGGAUGGCGUGCAAUGUUCCUUGUCACCCGCUUCCCUCCGAGUGUCAUCGUAAGUUGUCGGCCUCUCACUCCUUGCCGUCCGUCCCUUUGCAUCGCGGCCUGCGGUACAGGUAAAGCCUAGGGCUGCUCCAUAAGCGUUGCCGCUCUCCAAGCCUCAUUUCAUUAACUUAUCCGAUACAGGUCUGAGGAAUUGAGGCGCAGACAAGAAUAUAACAACAAAUGAAAGACAGAUGUUGAAGUGAGUUGGUUUUAUGGUACUGGAGCACCAUGUAUUCAGAAUGGCGAUCACUGCAGCUCGUCAUUCAGAGUGACCGAGGUCACAUGAGUGUUCUGCAUAGCUACCCCAACAACGUUGGCAAAGAUGUGGCUCAUGCUGUCGUGCGUCCGCUGGGACAGGGGCUCAACAGUUCGUCUGUAAGCAGCAACGAAAGCAUUCUCAAAACUGACAAAGAGGUAAAAUGGACCAUGGAGGUGCUAUGUUAUGGACUUACUCUGCCGCUGGAUGGGGAAACAGUCAAACUGUGCGUGGAUGUUUACACUGACUGGAUAAUGGCUUUGGUAUCCCGCCGUGACUCUAUCCCCCAGCCCAUUAUCAAAGACCCAAAUUUAUAUGUGCAGACUAUUCUCAAACAUCUACAGAAUCUAUUUGUUCCCAGAAUAGAGUACGCUCACAACCAGAUUACGUUGUGUCUGCGGGUUCUAGCAGCUGUUCAGAAACUGGCUCAUGACUCUGCCAACAUGUCGAGAGAAACCUGGGAAGUACUACUGCUCUUCCUGCUGCAAAUUAAUGACACGCUUUUGGCAGCUCCAACAAUUGCAGGAGGUCUGGCAGAAAAUCUUGCCGACAAGUUAAUUGGUGUACUUUUCGAAGUCUGGUUCUUGGCUUGUACACGGUGUUUCCCAACACCGCCCUACUGGAAGACAGCUCGUGAAAUGUUGGCCAACUGGAGGCACCAUCCAGCUGUGGUGGAACAGUGGAGUAAAGUCAUCUGUGCACUGACGUCUAGGCUGCUGCAGUUUACCUACGGUCCGUCUUUUCCUCCAUUCAAAGUUCCAGAUGAAGAUGCCAGUCUGAUUCCAGCAGAAAUGGACAAUGACUGUGUUGCUCAAACCUGGUUCCGUGUCCUGCACAUGCUUAGCAAUCCAGUGGAUUUGAGUAAUCCAGCUAUAAUCAGCACCACACCAAAAUUCCAGGAGCAGCUUUUGAAUGUUAGUGGGAUGGCCCAGGAAUUGAUUCAUCACCCAUGCCUCAAGCAAUUGCCUCAGAUCUUCUUUCGAGCCAUGCGUGGUAUCAGCUGCCUGGUGGAUGCCUUCCUGGGCAUUGCAAGGAUCAAUAUCAUUCGGGAAAGGUUACCCCCUUAUGGUAUUUCCCGGCCCCGGUCUGACAGCGCUCCUCCUACUCCAGUGAAUAGGCUCAGCAUGCCACAGGCAAGCAGUACAAUGAACACCACACCCCCACACAGCAGAAGGAUGCGAUCUGUUACCGUUACAAAGGCGACUGUUAAAGCAAGCUCAGGGAGUACUGCACAUCCUCCUAAAGUAACACACCAGACUUCCACCACUUCUCCAUUGUCUAGCCCAAACCAAACUAGCUCAGAACCAAGACCUCUGCCUGCUCCGACUCGCCCCAAGGUCAACAGUGUGCUGAAUCUCUUUGGUCAGUGGUUGUUCGAUGCAGGACUGGUUCACUGCAGACUACACAGUGGCAUGAACAGAGAUGGCAGUAUGACGGCAUCUUUUAUCCAAAUUCUUCUUUCUUAUAAAUCUUGUAUGACAACUCCAGCAGGACUGGACGUCCGUCGGAAGCCCUCCCAGAUAUCUACUGAAAACAUGGUUGCCAAUCCGCUCUUUGAUGCCAAUGAAUUUCCAGAUAACUACGAGGCAGGCAGGGCAGAGGCCUGUGGAACACUCUGUCGAAUCUUCUGCAGUAAGAAAACUGGGGAAGAGAUUCUUCCAGUUUACCUAUCCAGGUUCUACAUGGUGCUGAUCCAGGGUCUUCAGAUAAACGACUUCAUCUGCCGCCCAGUUGUGGCCAGUAUCAUCCUGAACUCACCGGCUUUAUUUUGCUCUGAUCUGAAGGGCAUAGAUGUUCUGGUUCCUUAUUUCAUUUCUGCACUGGAAACAAUUUUGCCUGACCGAGAACUGUCAAAAUUUAAAGCAUAUGUGAAUCCCACUGAACUCCGGAGAGCUUCAAUCCACAUUCUGCUGUCGAUGAUGCCACUCCCCCAUCACUUUGGGACAGUUAAAGCAGAGGUGCUUUUGGAAGGAAAGUUCAGCAGUGAGGAAUCAUCGGCACAUGACAAACCAGUAACCUUCCUGUCAUUGAAGCUGAGGCUGGUCAAUGUGUUAAUUGGUGCCCUACAGACCGAAACAGACCACAACAACACACAGAUGAUUCUAGGCGCCAUGUUAAAUAUCGUUCAAGAUUCUGCUCUUCUGGAAGCAAUUGGUUCUCAGACAGAGCUGAAUGUUGGUGAUAACACUCACGUGUCACUCAAGAGUCACAGUCGAAACAGCAGUGGUAUCAGUAUGACCAGUACGGGCAGUUCUGAGGCCACAACACCGGAUAGUGAAAGACCGGCACAGGCCCUGCUGCGGGAUUAUGCUCUUCAUACAGAUACAGCAACGGGACUACUGAUUCGAAGCAUUCAUUUGGUAACGCAGAGAUUGAACUCCCAGUGGAGACAAGAUAUGAGCAUCUCACUGGCAGCACUUGAAUUACUCUCUGGGCUGGCCAAGGUGAAGGUGAGUGUGGACUCGUCAGACCGCAAGCGUGCGGUCAGUUCUGUGUGCAGCUACAUAGUUUACCAGUGUAGCCGGCCUGCUCCGUUUCAUUCCCGAGACCUGCACUCCAUGAUCGUGGCAGCCUUCCAGUGUCUCUGCGUCUGGCUUACAGAACAUCCAGACAUGCUCAACGAAAAGGACUGCCUAAUUGAGGUUCUGGAGAUUGUAGAGUUGGGCAUCUCAGGAAGCAAGUCAAAAACCAGUGAUCAGGAGGUACGAUACAAGGGAGACAAGGAGCUGAACCCUGCAUCAAUGCGAGUGAAGGAUGCUGCAGAGGCCACACUUACUUGCAUAAUGCAGUUGCUUGGAGCAUUUCCCUCUCCCAGUGGGCCUGCCUCACCGUGCAGUCUUCUGAAUGAAGAGACACUGAUCAAAUACUCCAGGCUGACUUCAACCAGCAAGAACCACUUCCGAUACUUUGUCUUGGACAACAGCAUCAUCUUGGCAAUGCUGGAACAACCCCUGGGCAAUGACCAGAAUCCUUGCCCCUCGGUCACUGUGCUUCUCCGGGGGAUGUCUGGGAGGCAUGCGUGGACCAUGCAACUUCACCACCAGCCAAGGGGGUCGCGAGCAAACCAGAAGGCAUUUGUCCCUGAGCCACACCCUCCUCCAAAGGGUAACAUGGGGAUCAAGUUCAAUGUGAAACAUCGGCCUUUCCCUGAGGAAGUGGACAAAAUUCCAUUUGUGAAAGCUGACCUUAGCAUCCCAGAUCUCCACGAGAUUGUGACUGAUCAGAUGGAAGUUCAACACGAGAAGCUGAAGAAGUUGAUGGCCAAUCAAAUUCUCUAUGAAAAUGCGUUGGAAAAGAACAGUGAGGAGAGACUGUCGAAAACAAUAUUCCCUGAUCCAGAUACGGAGUGUUCUCCCCCUCCUCCAGCCCAGGAGUUCCAGACCGCUCGCCUUCUGCUCUCACACUUUGGCUUCCUUUCUCUGGAAGCCCUGAAGGAACCUGGCAAUAGUCGUCUUCCUCCUCAUCUUAUUGCACUGGACUCCACUCUCGCUGGAUUCUUUGAUGAUAUCAGCUACUUGGACUUGCUGCCCUGCAGACCGUUCGAAACUGUCUUCAUAUUUUAUAUGAAACCGGGACAGAAAACCAGUCAAGAGAUUCUCAGGAAUGUGGAAUCCACCAGUAAUGUGCAGUCUAAUUUCCUGGAAUUCCUCUUGUCGUUGGGAUGGCCAGUAAAUGUUGGAAAGCACCCGGGCUGGACAGGCCACAUCUCAACCAGCUGGCUCAUUAAUACAACUGGUGGCAGCGAAGAGGACACGUUGUCCCCCGACGAUACUGGAGGAGGUAUUUUUAACGGGGAGAAGAAUGCGCUGUACUAUGCGGAUGCCUUGACAGAGAUCGCCUUUGUUGUUCCUUCUUUUGUGGAAUCAUCCACAGACUCGUUGGAGAGCGGACUUGGAACACAAGAGAUGGAGACACAAAUGGACCUGCUGCCCAGUCUCCUGAAACAAGCCCCACUGACCUUGGAGCUCUUCCCAAAUCACUCCGACAAUCUUGGCAAUUCCCAAAGGCCAAGUCCGACACAGAAAAGCAAGAGGCUUCCACUGGGCCGAACCGUGCCUCCACUGGGCCCUGAAACCAAGGUGGUGGUUGUGUGGGUCGAACGCUUCGAUGAUAUAGAAAACUUUCCUCUCACUGAUCUCCUGCCAGAGACCAGCACUGGAGUGGAGACAACCACAAACAGCAGCACAUCACUCCGGACCACUGCAUCAGACAAGGACGUGCCUGUCGUUUUCAUUCAUCCCCUGAGGACCGGUCUCUUCAGAAUAAAAGUGCAAGGGGCCACGGGCAAAUUCAGCAUGGUGAUCCCACUGGUGGAUGGGAUGGUUGUGAGUCGCCGAGCUUUAGGGUUUUUGGUCCGACAGACUAUAAUCAACAUCUGCCGACGGAAGAGGCUGGAGAGUGACUCCUACAACCCACCCCAUGUCCGUAGGAAGCAGAAGAUUGCUGACAUUGUCCACAAGUACCGCAACAAGCUGCUGGAGCCAGAGUUUUACACCUCGCUCUUUCAGGAGGUGGGACCAAAGCCCCUGAACCCGUAGGUGACCGGGAGCCAUGCAGAGUAUUUAUAAGCUAUUUUACUACGUAGACGGGAUGCGAGGCAUGGACUGGUCUCCAGAGCUCGGGGAAGCAGAGUAUGCCAGCUGGUUCUGUGUCAAUGUGUAUUAAGGACGUAAACUUGAUUUUUGAGAAAUAUAUAAAACCCAUUUUAUACUGAACUUCAAGACAGCCUUACUGAACAUAACCAAAUUUCUGUACAGUACCUGAACUCUGUAUUAUGUACCGUAUCUCUGAUCGGCUGUGUGGCAGGCACGGUGUGCACAGUGCUGGCGUUUUAGCUCCUGGACCUUGCACUGAACCCACACACACAAGGGGCAGUCGUGGAGAUGGUAACUCUGGCGCAGCUGCAGUCUAACAGUCGCAGUCACUCCAGCACAACCGGCUCUUGCUCUUCAUAGAGGUCACUAUUGCCGAGGCUGAGAGUAGGGCGAGGGAGAUCUCCUUUCAUCUGUUGGCCUAGAGUAGUGAAUUACCCAUUUACCAUUGAAUUCCUGAUACCAGCCAGUGUGGUUUGGUGUAGGCUAACAAGCACGUUCUGCCCUCAUGUUGGCAUUGUUUCAUACAGUCCUUGCAUUAGUGUAAUGACCAAUGCAGCUGGGAGACAUCAACUUACCUUUCCGGUGCCCUGGAACAAACAGGCAGAUGUGUUGAAAUGCGGAAAAUGCAGGCUUUGUCACUUCCGAACAGAAAAUGAGGAAUUAAAAGUCGGUGAGAAAUUAGGAGAAGGCGGUGGUUUGAAAGAAUGAAGAAGUUCACAAGGAUGAUGAUAAGUGCUCCACGUCCCAACACUACAGCUGUUCCUCAUUCUAUCGCCAUCCCUUGUCAUUACAAGUUCAACCUCACUCGGAGAACCCCGCUUGGGUUCAACCUUGGGAGAACUGCAGUGUUUUGUAAGCUUUUAUCUGCAUUAUGCUGGCAACCAGUGGCAGUCCCAUUCCUGACGCAUGGAUGAGCACUGGUGGCAUCUUGUUCCUCCUUGUGUUCCUGCAAUGGUUCUGCAGCAGACCUUGUGUUGUCUCAGGAAGCUGCACUCAUUUGAGGCUCCCCUAUUUGCCUCCCUGUCAGAUCCCUUACAGGGAGGCAAAUAUCCCAUGUUCACAGUAAAUCCGACUAAGGUCAAUGUAGCGGCUGACAUGUGCGUGGGAAACCACCGACCUCAGCCGUAGAUAAAAUAACACCAUCGUGAAAAUGCCUGAGUUUGUUCCAAAGCCUCCCACACAUCACACACAACGUUACUUUCUUUCAUAAAUCACAAGACAUUUAAAAUACGUGUACAAUUUUUAGUUCAGUUCAGCAUUAUUUUAAGCAGUCUUUAUUCUGUUUUAGGGAAUAAUUGUUCAUUUUACAACUCUCCCUGUUUGCAGUGUUUGUGUCAUUUGUCAAUGGAGCCAUGUCAUGCAUCAUUUUCCAACCAAAGAUGAAAGUAAAUGAAUAUAACUUCAGUGAACAGUAAUUGAUGUCAUUCAGUAGGCUGGUAGCUCAUUGAGCCAGUCUUCAUAUUCAAUCUUAUCCUUCAGUAUUUCCCCUGUCUUAAAUACAACCUGAAUUAGAAACAACAUUUGCAUGUGUCAAUGGACACAGAGCAGACAUUGAUAGCCUGCAUACAACUAUUCUGGAAGCCACAUUCUAAAAAAUAAACACAUUUCAACCAUUAUUUGCGGUAGCCACAAAAAAAAUUAAAAGGCAGCAGUUUGUGCCUGGGGGGAGAUGGGUUGCCCAGGGUGCACAGCAUUGACCAGGCACUGACCCUUCACCCAGUCAGGUACCGGUACGCCAAGGCCAACUCUACUGGUUCGGGAAGUGAUCUGCGUGUCUGAAUGGUUUGGUUUGAGAAAUGGAGAUUGGUUUUGGUUAUUACUGAAUUGCCGUUGGUUGUCCAGUCUGUCACGAUGUCAUGAGUGACAAUGUGAUAACUUGUGUAUUUGCAGUGCAGGAGAUUUUACAUAAAAAGAUUGUGAUUGGAGUCAGGGUGCAGACUGCGUUUAGUUUUCACUCUGCACAUAAAUGGAUGUUCCAAGUGUGUGCCUCCUGAACAUAGUGGCCAGUGGCUGUACUCCAGCAGUUGUCAUGCAGCAAUGCUGAUGGGCGGGGAGGAGCAGGGCUUGCAGGUACGUGAGCCCCUGUGUGAGGUCGGGCCUUUGUACUUUGUCUGCAAAAUGGCCUCUUUAGUUUGUGAAACCUGUGGUGAUUUUACAAAUCCCUAAUCCAUAACUCACUCUUCUCUCAAUCUCCUUCCACACAUUGUUCCCAGGUAUCAGUGCGGCUGCCAGCUCUUCCAUCAGUAACUGAGAAGCACAGGGAUUCACAUCCGUGUCGCUGAGUGAAACAGCAUUGUCACACCUUUAGUUUUGCUAUUUUGGUGUGCAGUAAUGCAAUUCUGGUUUUGUCUGAAGCAAACACAAAAGGUUGAGUUAUCAAAUUCCCUAACCAUACUUUUCAGUCAUUAGGAUUUUUGUUCCUCAAAAACCAGACCCUGACCUCGGAUUGCACAACCAGCGGAAUGUGGUUGAAGCAGUAACCCUCCUGAAUUCAACAAAUAGAACUAAACUGGCUUGCGGUGUUCAGCACUCAUUAAAUUAAAAAUCAUCCGUUUCUGAGAAUGUACAGCCUGCGAGGCUGCCUCUGUGCUGUCAUUGUGCAGAUUGAUGGUGUGAUAAAUUGCCCCAGCUCCCGAGGGCCUGGACAGAAGGCAGCGGGUCAGAGCACACCAUGCCUGGUGUGUUGCAGUUUCUGCUUCAAACCUCACUCCCAUGCACGUACAUACUCGGUAGCAAUGAACACAUCAGCUCUGCCACCUAAACCACUCCCUUGAUCUAUUUCUCAAAAUGAAUGUGUCAUAUUUGUGUGUGUGUGUGUGUGCCUUGCAUAACAAGAAAACAGAAUUGAUAGACAACAUUUUUAGUUUUUGCAUUUAAUUAUUCAAGAGCUAUCCCCAGUUACCCAGGCAGAGACAGAUCCAGUUUUGGAAACUUUUGUCAGUGGACUUGUGGAGUGUGCAAUGUGUUGUUGCUGCUUGUGGCUCUCCAUCCUGCGCUGGGAGAAUAGAUGGAAUCUCACUGAGAUCGUCUCAUUAUUCACUCUCUGCUGUUUUUGGUUUGCUUUGUGUGAAUCAUGCACCACUUUCCUGCACCCACCAUCAGCUGCACCUCAAGUAUUUCUCUGCCUCAAACAUCCUGAGAUUGCUGAGGUGGUGAAAAGCACCAAGUGUAAGGCUUCUUUCCCCACACUUCUAUCUCUGUGGAAGGGAGCAUUGUUGAUGGUCGUUUGGGUCAGCACCCUCUGCUUGUUACCACCCGCUGAGGACUGAUGAUCAUCCACUUCCGUUUCAUUUCCGAACCUUGGAAUUUAGACUGAAUUCCUGUUCAUAUACUUCUGAUAAUAUAUUGCUCUAUGAAUUUUCAUGGUAAUAUUCCCCACCCACCCAAAAACUAAGUCAGUGAUGACUUUCAUGUGUAAGUGACCAGUCCUGGUGUGGUGGCAGGGAUAGAUAGUUGUGAGGUGUGGCGGCAUGGAUAGGUGGUUGUGGUUGUAUCGGUGGCAGAGGUGGGUGGAUGUGUGUGAGGUGUGGCAGGGGUUGGUUGGUGUGAGGCGUGGCAUUAGUGGAUGUGUGUGAGGUGUGGCAGGGGUGGGUGGGUGUGAGGUGUGUCAGUGUUCACUAGUUGGGCAGUUCUCAGCACUGGCACUGCGCUCUGCACCCUGCCUGUCCCAUCCCAAAAUUACAGCCCUUCCGGUCUGUUGGUGCAGCAGGUAGAGCUGCUGCCUCUCUGCACCAGGGACCCGGAUUCAAUCCUGACCUCUUCUCCCUGUGACCACGUGGGUUUCCUCCGGGUGCUCCAGUUUCCUCCCAUAUCCAAAAGACGUGCAGGUUUGCAGGUUUAUUGACCCUCUGUAAAUUGCCCCAAGCAUGUUGGGAGUGGAUGAGAAAGUGGGAUUACAUAAAAUUAAUGUGAAUGGGUGAUGGAUGGUCUGUGUGAGCUCGAUGGGCUGAAGGGCUAUUUCCCCGCUGUAUAUAAACAGAACUGUCCCAGCAUUACUGAAGCUCUCCCCUCCCCCCCCCCCCCCCCCCCCCCCCCUCUUCCAGCCCUGGAGCCUGACCUGCAACAUUCCUGCUGGGGGCAGCCAGUUUCACAUUUAAAGCUGGGUUCCAGUGCAUGGUCUCUCAGUGGUGAGAAGAACGCGAGCUGGAGCCUUGCUUUGUUGUGUGCUGAAUAGUGAGAAGGUCAGUGAGUCUGUGACCACUGCCCUGCCAAGGCAUCGUGGUGGAGGUUGGGGAGUGACGUUUCAUCACCUUUACCUGCUUGCAGCUCAUGGUCAUGUGUAGGGUGGCUGCCGUAAACUGAGCCAGUAGAGAUAUCUACCCUGAGGGCUCGGACCUGCCAUGCCCAGCAUGUCGACAGUCUCUGUAUUCAUCAGUCAACAGACACAAUUCUGACCAGGUUCUGUCCUGAACAUGAACCUUGAAUAGACACAGUCUUCUGCUGCUUCUCACCCUCACUGAGACUAACAAUGCUGAUUGCAGAAGGAACCAAAGAACUGCUCGGUCCUUUAGGAGGAGGGUAAUUGGGCAAGGUUGGGACUGACCAAGAGUUCAAGCUGCUAUCUUCGGAGCUGGGACACUGCUCGCCAAAACAACUAUAAACUUCACCCAACAAUGACCCUAAAGUUGGCAUGCUACCGCUGAAUGUUGACAAACACUUCUUGCCCUUGGGUUGCUGUGUUUGGUUGUGUUGUGCAGUGUUAUCAUUGAGAAGGAGAGAGGGGAGACUAAUGUUUACACUCUGUGUCUGUCUAGAAAAGUUGUCUUCAUGAUUAGGAUGUAGAGCUGGUGCAGAACGCAGCGUCUUUUGCUUGUGUUUUACCCACAGGUCACCAGCUCCUCAGUAAUGUGAAAAUAACCAUUCACUUUUCCAGCACUUGCAGUAACAGUGUCGACAGAACACUUGAAUUGAACAAUAUCUGUGGAGGGACAAACAAUUUCAGUUAAAACCUUUCCUGGAAGUUCCACAACUUGAGACAUUAUAUCUGUUUCUCCCUUCACUGGACCAAUCUGAAUUACGGAGCAAUUGCAACAUUUUCUGACUUUAUUUCUUGUUAAUACAACUAGCAAUGUGAUAUUUGUGUCUACAGUGUUGCAUUUCACAGCGACAGAGUGUAAACCCUAGUGUGGCACCAGAGCGUUGUUAAACCAUGGCACCUGCAGGUUGCUGGACUCGAUCGGGUCUGCAGAAUGGUGCUACUGAGAUUGACUGGGCAGGUUCCCAGCUACAUCCCUCAGUGUCCCACACUGACCUCUUCCAGCAUUCCACCUUACAAGUUGCUGCCAUUCACGUUUCAGAAGUAAAUUAUGGCCCAGGCCUGCUUAAAACUAAACGGGAUACAGAAUUGUAAUCUACAGCAAAAAGCAAACUCAUGGAGGAACUCUGUAGGCCAGGCAGCAUCUGUGGAGGCAGGAGGAUGGUCAAUGUUUAUGGUUUGGUACCUUCAUCAGCAUCAAAGGGAUCAGCAGAUCCCUCUGUGAAAUGCUGGCCUGUCCACUGAGCUCAUCCAGUGAUUUUCUACCUUAAAGUUAAUCUGAUGAAAUGAUUUAUCUUGUACAUCUUCAUGCACUUGGCCUUUCAUUCCAUAAUAGAACAUCCACAUGUUACAUUUAUUGGAUUCCAGCUAAUUCUAUUAAAUGCUUAGGAAAUGUUUACCAGCAAUCAAAAAACAAGUGACAGUUUUAUGGUUUAAGUGAAUAAUGCAGACGAGGGAAAUCUCCCACCGUCUCUCGGACAGGGGUCUGCAGGGAUGUAGUUAAUUUUAUUCUGAAGGUCAAGCUCACUGUUCAUGACAAUUUGUGCGAUCAUUGUGAAAGUAAACGGUGAAGUAACUUGGCAUAAUGCAUUCCUGGAGGGUAAUUUAGGUGUUGCAUUUUCUGUUUGGGAUGUAUAAUAAGAGAUCAGUGUGUAAAUAGUCUGCCUUGUUUCUGUCCUCAGCACCUAAUCUCCUCGCUAGGAUUGGCACGGGGAGCUUGUUUGUAUUUAUACCAAUUUGAUGUGUCAAAGAGAAAUGUACUGAUUGAAUGUACCCAAUGUAUUCAAUAAAUUCCAAGAGCUUCUUAAA